UCAUAGUGAGCGGAGACGUGAGAUUUUUUAUAGCACGGAUGUGGCAACAAACUCUCAACGGGCUCUAACCGUGGAUGCCCUAAGUUUUCAGGAACCUUGGCGCUGCCCUCUUCUCUCUCUCCCUCUGGAUCUUUGCCGCAAAGAUGCUCUUCUUCUCGUACUUCAAGGAGUUGGUAGGUAAAGAAGUGACGGUGGAGCUGAAGAACGAUCUCGCCAUCAGAGGAACCCUCCACUCCGUCGACCAAUACCUCAACAUCAAGCUUGAGAACAUCAAAGUCGUAGACGAAGGCAAAUACCCGCACAUGUUAUCAGUACGCAACUGUUUUAUCAGAGGGUCAGUGGUUCGGUAUGUCCAGCUCCCCCCGGACGGUGUGGACGUCGAUAUCCUCCAUGAUGCGACAAGGAGAGAAGCCCGUGGAAGUUGACUUGCGGAACUAAUAGUUUUCUAAUAGCACACCUCCUGCUGGCUUUGGAUUUUGUUGACUCUUGUAUUUGCCAGACAUUAUGUUGUGAGGUAGCCUAAAAUUUCCCUUCAUAUCGAAUUCCAAGUUUUCACUACUCAGUUGUUUUGCUACUGGAAUACGUCCAGGAGUUUUAUAUUUUAUUAAACAAGUAGCGUGUGGCCGACGAGUUGUUUUCCA